GGUGUUGUGGGGGGUGGGGGGGGAUGCUCGGCGGACCGUGAAGCGCAACAGCAGAGAAGGGGGACAAAGGCGCACGGAGCGGGAGGACGACAUGCGACAGAUAGAGCCCUCUUCCAAGUGAGGAAAGAAACGACAACGACGACGACGACGACACUGGGUGAUACGUGUGGUGCAGCUGGGAAGAGGAGUCGCAACCAACCAUGGCAAGGGAGAGGAGUUCAAGUGUACCAAGUGAGCUGCGGACCACGGCCGCGGUCCGGCUGCGCGUUCGCUUGGGAUAAAGCCCGCGGGCGCGUCGCGGUGUCCGCCCCGCCACGGACUGCGCCGCCGGCGACAGGAGCAGACGGAGGCUGCGGAUCGGAGUUGUUUGGUUGUUAGUUUUACUACUUUCUCACUCUUGAGCAGGACAUGCUUCCCGGGGAUGAUCUCCCCGAGUCCGACCCUGGCCCCCAGUGUCGCGGCGCCGACCAGGCAACCAACGCGCAAUAGUUCGUGGAUCGUUUCUAGAAAAGAUCGGCUCGACGUUUCCCCUCACUGCGCUGGCGACAACGUGUUUGGUUGCGGGGGGAAACAAAGCGACCCUCGUAUGGAAUAAGUGUGUGAACUUCAGUGCGCGAUAUCGAGUGUGUGUGUGUGUGUGUGUGUGUGUGUGUGUGAGAGAAUUGCCCCGACACUAAUGUGCUGGCGGAGAAAGUGCACGUCACCGAACCAGAACUCCAUCCAAGCAUGGCAUGUUGGUGCGGCGCCCUGGCACUUCUCCCGUGGGUGCUGGUGGCCAUCGACGCGCAGCUCAUCUGCUGGCAGGCGCUGCUCCGGUGCCACGACGAGCCGGAGUGCGACCUCGCGUACAGCCAGUACCUGGCGGCGUGUGAGGGCAACCUCAGGGCGACGCGGAGGCAGUGUCCGAGCCACUGCAUCAACGCGCUGAUCCGGCUCAACCACACCCGCAGCGGGCCGGACCUGGAGAGCUGCGAGUGCGCGCGGGACCUGGAGUGCCUCGGCGCCAAGCGCGCCAUCGAGCCGUGCCUCCCGCGCAGGCACCCGGGCGACGCCGGCGGGAUCGGCUGCAUGGAGGCCAGGCAGCGCUGCGAGGAGGACAGCAACUGCCACACCUCCCUCACGGCCUACCUGUCAUACUGCGGGCAGCUGUUCAACGGCCGGAAGUGCUCCUCCAAGUGCAAAGCCACCAUCCAGCAGAUGCUGUUCAUCCCCAACGGCAAGCUGCUGAACCGCUGCGUCUGCGAUGGGGUGGAGAGGCCCUUCUGCGAGGUGGUCAAGGAGAACAUGAGCAAACUCUGCUCCAUUGGGGACCACAACGUCAUUUCAGACCAGCCGGAUGUGGACGACUUGUACGAGGACGAGGACUAUGACCCCAAGAACGACAGGGAGGAGGUGUACACCGACCACUCCUCUGCCCAGAGGGUCUCCAGCUGCAUGGCGCUCCUGUUUCUUCCUCUGGCAUGGAUGUUUGACUGAGAUGAUGGCCACUGGAAACACCGGGAUUCGCGGGGGGUUCAGUGACCUGCCCAAAGACACUUCGGCGCAGCAUUGUCUACUGCCACCGCGGAACUCGACCCCGGGGCCUGCUGGAUGAGGAGCGUUGUCCCACGGGACUCCCUGCCAUCCCAGCUUUUAGUUGCACUGAGACAAGAGAGCACACUUGUGAUUUGUGUAGCGCUUCCACAGUUGUGCAAUUUACACAGUGAUUCAUCUUCAUGCACAUCUCACUCAGGAAUACUGCUCUUCUGAUUUGUGGUCCUCAUGCUCCCUGGUAAGGGCCUUGUAGUGGGUGCGACUGCUUACUUUUUAGCCAAGUAGAAGAAAGCCUGUUGUCACAAACACUUCCAGGUGAUAAUGAGAGGAAAUGAACCACAACCAGACCCUUUCUUUCUUUUUUUUGGCAGGCCACUGCCAUGUUGAGUGCCUUUUAAAAAGCCCCCUGUUUGUUUGGUCUGGUUUCAGUGCCACUUGGGAGUGUGGCCUUAUUAAGACCUUAGACAAACAUUGGACCCUUACAGUCUCUGUUUGCUCUGCUCUCCAUUUCGGGGGGCCGCCGCAUUGUUGCGGCGAAAGCACACGUCAAAUAUUUGUGGGCCAAGGCAGAGGACAGGCCAGGGUGUGAGAUCAAGUUCUUAAAUGAACUGAAGCGCCUCUGCAGCACUCUUGUCUGGGCCCCUCCCUUGUUUCAGAUUGUUUUAUUGAACUUUUCCUGAGGACCCCCCCCCCCCCCCAUCCUCCUCUCUGCUGCCCUCCCCCCUCUCACGCCUUUAAAAGACCCCUGUCUUUAUCACAGCUCUCACGCUGAAGCAACAACCCAGGGAAACCCGUCCGCUGCCGGUGUGAACGUGUGAACAGAUCAUACCUGAAGUUUGUCCACACGACCACCUGUUCCGACACACCGCUUGGUUUUGUGACUCAUGUGCGGACGCAUUUCAAGAGAAACUGUGUUUCGAGGGCAAAACUGUUCCAGUGAGACAUGAUAAGCUCACCGAGGAGAGAAAGUAUAUCUGGGUAUAUGAUGAUCUACCUUAGUGACUCACCGAGUUGAGGAGUGUUGUUAAACCUCAGCGGAGGUGCGUUCGGCCGCGCAUGGAGCUCUUACCGCACGCAGGAUUGUCACCAAGUGCAGUUUGAACUAUUUUGCACAAACACAGAUGAAGGUCAGAAUUAUUGAAAUGUGAUUUAAUUCAGUUCCCUAAUCCCUCUUAAGGCUCCUGUGAGGCUACUGUGCAGUGAACAGGGCUAAUGUGACCGGCUCGAAGUUUCUACAGUAGUCCAGGGAUUCAAACCAGCGGCCUUUCAGUGUCACCUCUUCUACUGUUCCAUGUCAUGCUGUAAAAGGGAAAGUAAUAAAAAACAAACAUGGUUUUUGUUAGUAUUGUUCACUUUUGGAAUGAAGCCGUCCAGUUGAGUGUCCGCCAGUUGGAAUGGUGUCAAAACUAACCUUCUUUGUUUUCGGUACAUAGCAGUAACCAUCUCAGAGCAGUGUCUUUUCAUGUGGGAUGGGGGAGUUUUAUAAUAAAAUGUUUACGAGCUUAAA